GAUGUCUUUUUGACGAGGGACUGUGCUCGGUGCAGGAACGCUGUGUGACAGACGGACUGUUUGGGCAUUGCCAGGAUGCCUUGAUACCGAUCAGGAGCCAGUAUGAUGUGUCACCCAUUGUCUUGGACAGACUACAGGAGGUGCUGAGACAGCUACUGUUACAAGGGUUGUCAUGGCAAGAUGAUGUCACGCAGUAUGUGAUCGGCAUGGAGAUGGAAAAGGUGCCGCGAUUCUUGCCCGCGCAGCGCCGACUGUCCACGGCGAGAGCAGGCGAGAGGUUGGCGAUGCCCCCGGAGGCGGCACGGCGCCCCGUGGACAUCCCCCCGGACCAGUGGCCCGUCUCGGAGAUUCGCCGCUACCUGAAGCUGCUGCUGCCACUGGAUCGAGGCGCUGGCAGGGAUUACCCCGUCCCCUACCCCAACCCGCAGGGUGUGAGCGUGCUGGAGUUGAGAGGCAUGGGGGAGAGGAGCGUGCAGAGGAAGAAUGGCCUCCACAGUGUCAACGACCCAGACUAUCCCACUGACCACGGCAACCGCCACCGGCCCGUCGACGCGGACUGGACCCUAAACCACCGCGACGGGCCAAAGGCCACGGACGCUGAGCUCCACACACCUCGACCUCAAGCGGCUCCUGAGGCCACAGGUGGUCUUCGUCCGAAGAAGAAGGGCUCCGUGUUGGAGGGGAGCAACCAACGGCAGCCGGAGUCGGGAUCUCGGACGGCGGAGGACGUGUCUCCAGGGCCAGAGUCGGCGGUGGGCUCGGACGGGCGCAAGGAGGAGCGCGGUCGGGAGCCCGGUGUGGGCGCGGUGGACCGGGGCGAAGCGGUCCUACGCAAACGAGGGGAGGUUCUCCAUCCGGACCCAUCCCCGACCACCACCACCACCGGCUCCGGAAAGGAGGAGUACGCUUACAUCGUCACCAGCAAGAGUGUGAUUGGACCAGCGUUGACCUUUCGACUGAGGCACAACGACCACAACGUGACAGUGGAUGAUGUGGCCACCAAGGCAGAUGCCGACAAGUCUGGUUUGGAAGCGGAGACUGGUUUGAAGAUUGUGCAGGCUGGUGUCGGGGAGAGGAACGCCUUCCACCGGCAGCCAAAGCCAGCUGGGCACGGUGGAGCCUUCCGCUUCCUGCUGCUCACCUUCAUCGCGGUGGCCGGCAUGGCGGGGAUUCUGGUGGCCGGAGCGGUCAUCUACUGCCUGAGGCAGAGCGCCAAGCGGCGGCACAAGGAGAAGCUGGCCGGGAUAGGAGCCGAGGGAACGGCCGAAACCUCCCUCGAAUACCAGGAGCUGUGCAGGCAACACAUGGCGACCAAGUCGUACGCGCGGACGGACACGGUGGACACGUCGCGGGUGACCAGCGUCUCCUCCCAGUUCAGCGACGCCCCGCAGGCCAGCCCCAGCUCCCACAGCAGCACCCCCUCCUGGUGCGAGGAGCCGGUGCAAUCCAACAUGGACAUCUCCACGGGACACAUGAUCCUGACGUACAUGGAAGACCACCUGAAGAUCAAGGACCGGCUUCACAAGGAGUGGGAGGCUCUGUGUGCGUACCAGGCUGAGCCCAACGCCUGCACCGUGGCGCAGACCGAGGCCAACGCCAAGAAAUGCCGCAACCCGGCCUUCGUGCCCUAUGACCAUAACCGGGUGGUUCUGAAGGCGGAGAUGAAUCCCUCGAGAACGGACUUCAUCAACGCCAGCCCCAUCGUAAGUGUCGACAAUGGGUUGGGCGCGUGAACAGGUUUGGGUCGGAGUUGCCGCCAGUCUGGGUCGGUCUCUGUAGCCCCAACAAGGAGAGUCUUGUCUUUCAGGACAACACCUCAUAGAUUCACCAGAUCCAGUCAAGGGCUUAGAAACAUAGAAACAUAGAAACAUAGAAACUAGGUGCAGGAGGAGGCCAUUCGGCCCUUCGAGCCAGCACUGCCAUUCAUCGUCCCCUAUCAAUAACCCGUGCCUGCCUUCUCCCCAUAUCCCUUGACUCCACUGGCCCCUAGAGCUCUAUCUAACUCUCUCUUAAAUCCAUCCAUUGACUUGGCCUCCACUGCCCUCUGUGGCAGGGAAUUCCACAAAUUCACAACUCUCUGGGUGAAAAAGUUUUUUCUCACCUCAGUCUUAAAUGACCUCCCCUUUAUUCUAGGACUGUGGCCCCUGGUUCUGGACUCGCCCAACAUUGGGAACAUUUUUCAUGCAUCUAGCUUGUCCAGUCCUUUUAUAAUUGUAUAUGUUUCUAUAAGAUCCCCCCUCAUCCUUC